AUGCGUGCCAUUUCCAUACAACGUCCUAUUCCUGCUCAUGUGCCGUUCCGAGCCUUUAAUGCGACACAACACCGCUUGCUGGCCUUGCUCUGCGGCUGCUCCUGCCGACAACGACAGGGGAGACAAGAGAGGCGAACAAAAAUGGCCGCCGGAGACUUUUCGUCACUUGACGCAGACGUACGGAUACGGAUACCUGUAAUUCCAGUCUCCAGCUUGAAGUCGUUGUCAGAGAGACGGAUCUCGAACGCGUCGGUCGAUGAGAAUCUCCAUACCUCUUCCCCCACCGCUACUUUAAGAGACAUCAGCAUCAGACCAUAUCUUGUAAACCAAGAACUCAUCCGUGGAGCAUACUGGUACGCCGCGCACUUUGUCUCCUACGACGCCGCGGAGCGGAUCUCAGGGACCGAACCUUCGACCUUGCUCCCCACUCGUUCUCAUCCGCACAGGUGUCCAAGCUUUUUUAUCGCCGCCUCAGUGUACGCAUCCAGCGACAUAUCAGAUCUAAUUGUCUUGAACCUGCAGUUGGGCGGGCUGGCGGGCGCACUCAAAUAUGCAGCACAUGCAGGCCUCGCAUGGCAUGGCAUCGCUGAGGCCGCACUCAUCUCGCAUCGCACGCCCGACUGGCUAUUGGAAUUCCAUCAUGGCCACUCGAAGCCCUCCAAGCCCUCCAAGCCCUCCUGUCUCCGCCAACUCGCCAACCUCUCCGCCAUGAUGCUGCACCGUUGCGGAGAUCUCAAUGCAUGCAGCACACCAUGGCCUCCGAGGGAUCCAUCAACCUAUCUACUGUGCCUUGUCUUUCCAUGCGCGCCUCCUGGACUAGACGGUCUAGUCUACACAGUAGACCGGCCUGCGCCGCUCGUCCCUACCGUCCAAGAUGGUGUCGACUUGCUUGCUUUGCUGCAGAAGUUCCGGCAAUCAGCUACGGGCGAUGUCCUACUUUGGACAGGCCAUCCUAUCUACCAUUUUGAGCAUCAGCGCGCCGCUGCCCUCUCCCACUUUUACAAUGCCCCUGGCCGUCGGCAGUCGAACCGAUUUCGAUUAAGGUGUCUCCGUGCAAGCCCGGCACCUUGGACGUAUGGAUUGCACCGACCAUCUGGUCAGUGUCCUGCUUGGGUUUCUCGGCUUACAUCUGUGCUAGAGAAGAUUUUGCCUGCCGCCGCACCCAACGACAUCCAAGUUUGUACCGACACGUCUCGUUCCCUACGGAUAUGCAUCCCCCGCGUUCGAAAAGAAAACGAAGGCAGUGCCAGCGUGCCGCUUGAAGACGUAACGCUUAUGACAGAUCAAACGCACGCAAUAUCUCUGAACCACCUAACGAUCAGGGUUGACCACACAGAAGACGGAUUCAAGGAGCGGACAAAGCACCCCAAUCCGGGGCCGAACAAUGGUUCAGCCCCCAUCAGAGACUGCAUCGUCAUCAGCCAUCGUCCCCUUACGCCGCAAGCGCUGCUAUCAGCUCCUAAACCCAGAUUGAACUACUCGCCCGAGCUCUGCGCUCGCCACUGUGUUUCCGUCCGGCCGAUCAAGCCAACCGCUUUAUGUCUCGGGUGGGGUCUUUGCACAGCUUGUUCAGCUUACCAAGUACGGCCGGCCCGGGAUAACGUCCGCCGCCGAACCCCGGCGAUAUCGCCGGAUACAGACAUCCGUACGGAUUCAGCACUCAUACCUUGUUUUGCCAGGCUGUCAGACCAUUCGUCGACCGACUUGACCUGGACCUCAUGCGAGUACCGAGGCUCUAGCUUGAUGGGCGCCCCGAAACAGCCUAGUUGGUUGGCAGCACGCAGGUGGCUUGCGUUUGAAAGGCGGUUGGUGCAGUGCAAAGACGAUGCCCCUGAUCCACCUCUGAGGAGCCUCUCCACAUACUUUAACCCUCUUCGCUUGCUUUUUCCUCUUAGACCUAAGCAAGACUCGAUCAUCUUGGCCAGUUGUCAAUCGCAAGGUCCCCGACAUAUCCACUCAUACCCCGCCAAGGUCCAGAUCAACAUUGAGAUUCUCGUGUGGCUUGCGAUAUGCGCCAAUAGCUUCGUUCAGCAGGCAUAUUUUACAGCUGCCUUCAUAGCAUAG